UGGUGUUUAUUAGAAUAUAUAAUUAAAAUUAAAUUAAUAAUUUAAUAAUUGUUUAUUAGCAAGAUGAAUUUGUUUUAUUGAAUGAUAAUAUUUCUUUUUUUAUUUUCAUUUCUCUGUUAUCAAAUUUUCGUCGAUAAAUUCAAAAUAUAAAUGUAACAAAAUACAAUUAUAACUACGUUUCUUUUGUGGACUUUCAUCUUAACAUCGUUAUAACUUUUCUCGCUCUUACUUAUAUGCCCCACCAUCGAUAGACUGUCGUACGGCAUAUUUACACGACGACAGCUCGUGUAAAUAUGCUGUACGCUUUCGAAGUCGGUUUAGUAUUAUGUCGGCAUUCAAAAUAAGUUAACACGAGAUUGAAUUGUUGUUUUAUAGAUGUUGUGAUUGGUAUAAUCAGAUGUUACAUAACAUUUUAUAUUUUAUAUUGUUUUCCUUUUCUUUUUUAUUUUUAUUUUAUCUCUUUUCAUUUUUCAAUGUCGCAAAAUUAUAUCAUUACAUUUUUAAUAUAACAAUAGUUACGACGUGAAUCGAGAGAGUGUAAUUUUUUUUUUUCUAAUAACAGAUUCAUGGAUAAAAAAAAUUUACAAAAAAAUGAAUAUCUUAGCAAUAAUAUAUUCCUUCUUCUUGUUUGCUUUUACUUUCGAUUAUUGGAAAAUCUUCUAUUUAAUAGAAAAAUGUAUAUUAAGAACGAUGAUGUUAAUAUUGGGUUGUAUAAUGUAUCCGAUUAUUAGGAUGAGACUUAAAAAACAUCAAUAUUGUCCACCUUUGUUAAACAGAAUAUUCUUUUGGACGGCUACUGAUAUUGCAAGAAAAAUUCGUAUGAAAGAGAUCACCAGUGAGGAAGUUGUAUCAACGUUUAUUGCUCGUUGUAAAGAAGUUAAUCCUAUAUUGAAUGCUAUUGUCGAGGACAAUUAUAAAAAUGCGUUAAAAGAAGCUCGUGCUGUCGAUUAUUUUUUAAAUACAACUACGCAAUCUAUAGAGUAUAUCGCGAAAGAAAUGCCAUUAUUUGGGGUUCCCGUAACAAUUAAAGCUAGCAUCGCCGUAAAAGAUUUUAGUAUCGCGGUAGGAGUGACAAGCGAAAAACAUAUAAAGGCUAAAAAAAAUGCACACGUUGUAAGAAAGAUUCGUGAAGCCGGUGGUAUUAUUUUGUUAACGAGUAAUACACCUGAAUUAUGCAUGUUUUGGGAAACUUUUAACAAUAUCAUUGGUAGAACGUCAAAUCCUUAUGAUACGAGAAGAACAACUGGUGGUUCAACGGGAGGCGAGGCUGCGCUUAUAAGUAGCGGUGCUUCUUUGAUGGGUUUAGCAUCCGAUGUUGCGGGAUCGAUAAGAUUGCCUGCUAUGUUUUGUGGUAUUUUUGGUCACAAACCAACAUCCUAUUGGAUUUCAUGCGAGGGUCACAGACCAAUAGGUACGAAUAAAAAAUGGAAUAAUACUUUCACGAUUGGUGUGAUGACGAGAUACGCUAUUGACCUUCCUUUAAUUUUAAGAAGUAUUACAACAUCUAAGGAAUGUAUGAAAUGUCUUGAUCGUCAGGUGGACAUUGGAGAAAUCAAGAUUUUUUAUCUCGAUGACAAAUAUUGUAAAAUAUUAGGCUCGUCCAUUGAAAUGGAAAUCAAACUUGCUAUUAAUAACUUGACCAAUCAUUUAAAAUUGACUUACCAAUGUCAAGUUCAAAAAGUGGAAUUAAAAAAUUUGAAAUAUGCGAUGGAAAUAGGGAGUCUUACUCCUUUUGAAUUAAAUAAAACGGAAACCAUUUUUAAUUUGAACGAUGGAACGAAGCCAUGGAAAAGCGUAUUCCUUGUUUUGGUGCAGCGCUUAUUUAAUUUUAAUUCUCACACAUGGGGAUCUAUAUUGUAUGGAAUUCUUGUGAGAUUUUUAGAAAUAUUACCGGCAUCGUUUUAUAAAGAUAUUUUGAAAAAGCGUAGUUUACUUAAGAAAGAACUUGAACAACUUUUACAUAAAAAUGCUGUUUUGAUUUGUCCAACUUUCCAUGCAUGUGCACAUUAUCAUUCGGAAAUAUAUUACAAGUUUUUAAAUAUAGCUUAUAUGAAUAUUUUUAAUUCGUUGAGUCUUCCUGUCACACAAUGUCCUAUGGGUUUGAAUAGAAAUGGUUUACCCAUAGGUUUACAGAUAAUCGCUAAUGAUUCUUGCGAUCAUUUAACAAUCGCAUUGGCUAAGGAAAUAGAGAAACAAUUCGGUGGUUGGCAAGUACCACCUAGUAAUAUUAAUACAGUUACUUAACAUAGAUUUUUAUUAUAUAUUAAUCAAUUAAUUGGUUUGUUUUCUUAAUAAAUUUUAGAUAAUUGACUUGAUAUUUAGAGAAUCAUAUUUUUAUAAUAUAUUGUACAAAUUAAUAUUUACAAUAUUAUACAAAUAAAUUUUGUAUAUCAAAAUAUCUAACCUUAAUAUUUUCUUCAUAUAGAAGAAGAUAAAAGUAAAAAAA